AUGACUUCCGCCGCGAUCGAUGUAAACCAGAGCAUCACCGGCCAAAAGACGGCCGCCAUCCGUAACUACACCACUCAACCGCGUCUGAGUAGGUUGACUUGCUUUCUGCCUUUGUUGUUUUAGGUACCAAGAUAUUGGUAUUGUGAAAUUGGGCGAUGUAGACGGAUUUUUGGUGGCCAGCCAUACCUCUUGUCAAUGGCUGUGGCCUCCCCAAUCUUUUUUUGAUCUCUCGAGCUAGAUUAAAAAAUUUUGGCGCUGUUAAAAUUUUUUUUGUUAUACUCUGUCGAGUAUAAGGUUAGGUAAUUUAAAGUUUGUAAAUGUUGGCAUUCAGAAAUCGUAUUGCCAACUUGUGGUGGCUACAUAGUCUAAUGUCCAAAAAAUAUUGGGAGGGUUCGAUUUUCGAAUGAUUUUUAUAUUGUACUAGGUAUUAGAUUCAAAAAUAGAUGAGAAAAAUUUGCAAAAAAAAAUUAAUUUUUGUAUAAGACCUGUUCUUUUUUAGCUUACAAGACUGUUACUGGUGUAAACGGCCCUUUGGUUAUCUUGGAUGAUGUGAAGUUCCCUCAAUUUGCUGAGAUUGUCGCCUUGACCUUGCCCGAUGGAACCAAGCGUUCCGGCCAGGUUCUUGAGGUCACCAAGACCAAGGCUGUUGUCCAGGUGUUCGAAGGCACCGCCGGAAUUGACGCCAAGCACACUAUUUGCGAAUUCACUGGAGAUAUUUUGAGAACGCCCGUCUCCGAAGACAUGUUGGGAAGAAUCUUCAAUGGAUCCGGAAAGCCCAUCGAUAAAGGACCACCAGUUUUGGCCGAGGACUUCUUGGAUAUCAACGGACAACCGAUCAACCCAUGGAGUCGUAUCUAUCCCGAGGAAAUGAUCCAGACUGGAAUUUCGGCCAUCGAUGUGAUGAACUCUAUCGCUCGUGGACAAAAGAUCCCUAUUUUCUCGGCCGCCGGUCUGCCACACAAUGAAGUAAGUUAAAGUUUAUGGCUGAUAAGAGUUUAUAAGAAUUUAGACGAUGCAGUUUGACUAGGUUUUUUGUUGUUUUUGUUUUAUAUUAUACAUGACGUUUCAGAUCGCCGCCCAGAUUGUACGUCAAGGCGGUCUUGUCCAGCUUCCGGAUCGUCAACACGAGGAAGGAGAUGACAACUUUGCCAUCGUGUUCGCAGCUAUGGGAGUCAACAUGGAGACUGCUCGUUUCUUCAAACAGGAUUUCGAAGAGAACGGAUCCAUGGAAAAUGUAUGCCUGUUCCUCAACUUGGCUAACGAUCCUACGUAAGUGUUUUUAUUUUCUUUUUCUGACUUUAGAUUGUCCAUAAGAUUCAAUAUCUCGGAUAUCAGAGGCUCACUGAAAAUGAAAUUAUUUUUUCCAUUUCAGUAUUGAGCGUAUUAUCACUCCUCGUUUGGCCCUCACCGCCGCCGAAUUCUUGGCCUAUCAAUGCCAGAAGCACGUCCUGGUCGUGUUGACCGACAUGUCCUCGUACGCCGAAGCUCUUCGUGAGGUGUCCGCCGCUCGUGAAGAAGUCCCCGGUCGUCGUGGUUUCCCAGGUUACAUGUACACUGAUUUGGCCACCAUUUACGAGCGUGCCGGUCGUGUCGAAGGAAGAAAGGGAUCCAUCACUCAGAUUCCUAUCUUGACUAUGCCCAACGAUGGUGAGUUUUGAGAUUUUGAGAUUUUUUGUGAUCUUAUAGAAGGUUGGAUGAUGGGGAAAUGAGUUUUUUGGUUUUUUGAGGGAUUUUUGGGUUAUAGAUGGUACUAUUGAUAUCUAAUUUUUUGUUUUUUUCAGAUAUUACCCAUCCAAUUCCCGACUUGACUGGCUACAUUACCGAGGGACAGAUCUACGUCGACCGUCAGCUCUACAACAGACAGAUCUACCCACCAAUCAACGUACUUCCCUCUCUUUCUCGUCUCAUGAAGUCCGCCAUUGGCGAGGGAAUGACCCGCGAAGACCAUUCGGACGUCUCCAACCAGCUGUACGCUUGUUAUGCCAUCGGAAAAGACGUCCAAGCCAUGAAAGCCGUCGUCGGAGAGGAGGCCCUCUCAUCCGACGAUCUUCUCUACCUCGAAUUCUUGACCAAAUUCGAGAAGAACUUCAUCGCCCAAGGCAACUACGAGAACCGAACAGUGUUCGAAUCGCUGGACAUUGGCUGGCAACUGCUUCGUAUCUUCCCCCGAGAGAUGCUGAAACGUAUCCCGGCCAAGACCCUCGACAAAUACUACCCAAGAGGAGGCGCCACCGCCCAAAAAGAGAACUAA